GUCAACGGAAACGGAAGAGAAUGAAUGAAACAACCGUUUGCGCCGCUCGUACGAGGUCAAUGUGAAUUGUUACCACUGCCUCGAUUUUUGAGUGAAUUACUCGUUAACUAUGGUUUGACAGGCGCUUUUAUAGUCACAGGACGGACUUACGUAGCAUCAGCUUAACGAUGCACCACAUGUACUGUACGGCUCGGUUCGGCCUUCCUCUGCUCCGCCACAUCCCUUCCUUUCUUUCCAUCAGGACAUUAUGGCUUCACAAAAGGGGCUUUACUGGUUGCCAGACCACCAUCCCAGGUCACAGCUGCCGAUUGAGGAGGGGGAAGAGCACGGCCCUUAGCCAACAUAUACAGGAGCUGAGUGGGCCUGAGCACAGACUGUUGAAUAAACUGUAUGAAGGGCUGAUUACAGGAAAGCGUGCGUCUCUGGCUGAGUGCAUUACUCUGGUGGAGACCCAGCAUCCUAGGAAGAAGGAGCUGGCCCAGGUGCUGCUCCAGCGGGUGCUGGCCUACAGGACGGAGCAGGAGAAGCGAAAUGAUGGAAGACCAUUGGCCUUUAGAGUAGGACUCUCAGGGCCCCCAGGAGCAGGAAAGUCGUCUUUCAUCGAGGUGGUGGGGAAGAUGUUGACUGGACGUGGACAUAAAGUGUCGGUGCUAGCCGUUGACCCCUCCUCCUGCACUACAGGAGGGUCUUUGAUGGGUGAUAAGACUCGAAUGACCGAACUUUCCAGGGACAUGAACGCUUUCAUCAGGCCGUCGCCAACCUCAGGAACACUUGGUGGAGUCACUCGGACCACCAAUGAAGCUGUCGUUCUCUGUGAGGGAGCAGGAUAUGACAUCGUCCUUGUAGAGACAGUGGGUGUGGGGCAGUCAGAGUUUGCUGUGGCCGACAUGGUUGACAUGUUUGUGUUGCUGAUUCCACCAGCAGGAGGCGAUGAAUUACAGGGUAUCAAGAGGGGCAUCAUUGAGAGGGCCGACUUGGUGGUGGUGACAAAGUCUGAUGGAGACCUGGUGGUACCGGCCAGGAGAAUCCAGACCGAGUACACCAGCGCUCUCAAGCUGCUUAGGAGACAGUCCAAGUCCUGGAACCCCAAGGCAGGGCCAACCUUUGGCUGGGCGAGAACGUGCUGUAACUUUCAUUACUACAGCACGGAGAGAGGAGAGGAAGGGAGGCCUCCCAUCGGUGCCGUAAAAACAGCAGCCAGACACCAGGACGGAUCCUGCUCCUCGUUAUGACGAUGGCGCAGCGCCGGAUAAAUCAGACGGAGCUGAUCCGCUCCUCCGGAACCUCGUGGCCGUGCGUCUGCCUGCAGAGCGGCUCAGGGCCUGGGUUUUGUUUGCCGCUGCUAUUUAGACAAUGUUUCACAGGCAGUUCACUCCUGCCUGUGAAACAACCGAGCACUGACUAAACGCUGGUGGAAGACGGACCUUCAGUGAGCUUCAUCAUUGUGAAGUGUCCAAUGUAAUGAAUACGUCCGCACCAGCUGAACUUCGUUUGUUCACCACGCGAUACCGGCAGCAGAAUCUUUCAUUUCAAUUGUUCAGUCAUGAAAUAUAGCUCUGUAGUUUGUAGCGCAUCACCAAACGGCACUGUCUGAUAAAGGAACCGGAAUGUGGAUGAAAGCUCAGAUCAGUCACAAAUAUGUGCGAAACUCCAUAAAAAGAACUGACGUUCGAUCAAUGUAUGAGUCAUACAGUAAUUACUAGUUAUGUGUGAAAUAAAGCACUCUGAUUUUACCCCUGAAGCUUAGCUAAGGAUUGUGUUAAACUACUUUUCUAGUCUAGAAUGAACUUGAUGCUAAAUCUCCUGCGUCAUCAUAUCAUCCACGUUGGCCUUGAUGUCUAUUAGAGCAGGUUAAAUCUGAUUUAUAUACCUGAAUAUUCAAAGUAUUUUGAAGCAGUUAUAUGAUAUAGACCAAUAUUUAAUAUUUGCCUUUUUACUAAUAUGUUUUCUUGCAACCAGCAAAAUUGAGUAACUCACAAAAUGUUAAAAUAAUGGAUUAAGAGCAUUUGCGGUGAAAAUGUGACAUACACUGAUAAAAUGCAGAGAAGACAAAGACAACUGAUGUAAUAUCUGAUGUAAGCUUUACUUUCAAAUCCUGGUACAUUUAGAUCUGGCAAGUUGAACAUAAAAUAAUGCCAAACAAAAGAAACAAAUACAAAACCAAAAAAGUACAAAUGAUCUAUUUACCAGUUAUCAUCACAACCCUGUACAGCCUUAACAAUGGAGUAAUAAAAAAAAGCUUUGUACAGCACAUACCAAUUUUUACCAAGUGCCAAAAGAUAGUUGAGCCUUUUCUAAUCAUAAAAUACAGCCAAACUGAAGUGAUUGCAGACAGUGCAAUGUGAUGCAAACUAAACAAAACGGAGGGAGUUAGUUACAAACACAAUUAAGUGCUGAAGAAUUAGAGCAAGGGCGGUGUCAUGCAAACUCUGAAGUGCUGAAAGUCAGAAAUGAAAAAACGUCGCUGUGCUGUGAGAAAUUGGGCGAAAUAAACAGAUUAAGUGCUUCAGAAUAUUGGUUUUCAAAAGGGUAGAGCCCUGUUGCCUACUUCACUCAACCAAGAGGGGAUAUAAAGAAGUGCAGCUAUUCGUGAUUACGCUGUAUUAAAAGGCAGAACUGUGUGUCCAGAGUGGACACAUUUUCUUUUUAUCUCUAUUUUUUUAUUUCUUUUGGACCCUGACAAUUA